AUGCUCAUAUUUAUUUUCAAGGCAUACAGUUUACUAGAGUACAAUUGUGGUACAAUUCCUGACAACGCACAUAGAGUAGUUCUUGGAACUGUUACCGUUGGAAAUCCACUUUUCUGGCUUGAGGGUAAAACAGACUUCAGUGCGCCCCAAGGAGGGACAAUCUCAGUGAGAGGCUGCUACAAAUAUUGUCGUAAAGACAUCUACUGCCCCACAUGCAUUCGGCAAGUAUACUUCCACGCAAGAGCUGGUUCGAGCAAGUGUGCUGGGCAUAUUCGUGCUGAACGUGAUCUUGACUGCAAAGCGCACUGUGCCACAAGAGAUGUGAAGGUUCCGAGUGUUCCUGGGAAAUACCAUGUCAGGAUCUAUGAGCUUUUGGAGUAUAAAUGUCGCGAAAACAACUUUGAUGGUGGCGUUCCUGUUGGGACUGUUCAUGUCUCAGACAUCGAUGAAUGUAAGGCGGGAAAUCCUUGUAAGAAUGGCGGAACAUGCGUCAAUACUAUCGGAUCCUACAAAUGCCUUUGUCCCAAGGAAUUCACUGGUAAAUUCUGCGCGGAUGAUGUAAAUGAGUGCAGCAGUAAGCCCUGUAAGAAUGGAGGAAGUUGUCAAAAUAAGAUUGGUGGAUACAGUUGCAGCUGUACAUCAGGGUGGGCCGGAACGAACUGUGACCAAGAUAUAAACGAAUGUUUGAAAGAUCCCUGCAAGAAUGGAGGCACCUGUAACAACAACGAUGGAGGAUACAGCUGCUCCUGCUUCAACGGCUGGACAGGAAAGAAUUGUGACCAAGAUAUUGAUGAGUGUUCACUUGCAAGUGGAAAUCCGUGUAAGAACAAUGGAAAAUGUUUCAAUCUGUUAGGAUCAUACAAGUGCACAUGCGCUUCAGGUUUUACCGGCAAACAUUGCGAAAAUGAUUUGGAUGAAUGCCUUAGCAAUCCUUGUAAGAACGGAGGAGCUUGUACAAACAAACCUGGAGGAUACCGUUGUAGCUGUGUAACUGGGUGGAAAGGGGAACAUUGCGAUGAAGACGUCAACGAGUGUGACAAAAAUCCGUGUCAAAAUGGCGGACAAUGUACAAAUCAGAUCGGUUCACAUGUAUGUAACUGUCCGAAAGGGUGGACUGGGAAGAACUGCGAAGUAGAUCUCGAUGAAUGUUUAGACGGCCCCUGUAAAAACGGUGGCUCGUGCGUCAAUAAGGACGGGGGAUUCAACUGUAUGUGCGCUGCUGGGUGGGGUGGAGAUUUCUGCGACCAAGUCUCCGUAGAUAUAAAUGAAUGCGACAACAAUCCUUGUCAAAACGGAGGAACCUGUGAGAACAAGGAUGGAAGUUACAAGUGUAAAUGCGAUAAUGGAUAUGGAGGAGAAAAUUGCGAGGAAGUGCUUGACUUAUGUAAAAAAAAUCCUUGUAAGAAUGGAGGAACGUGCAAAAGCGACCAAGGAGGAUAUACAUGCAGCUGUGUCCCACAAUGGACUGGAAAAGAUUGCGAGCAAGAUGUGAAUGAAUGUAAUAACAACCCAUGUCGAAACGGAGCCAGUUGUAUCAACUCACAUGGGGGAUACACUUGUCAAUGCGCCGCUGGAUGGACAGGAGCCAAAUGUGAUCAAGACAUUAAUGAAUGCAUGAACAACCCCUGCCAAAAUGAUGGAGUUUGCACCAACACCCAAGGAGAUUUCACCUGUCAGUGUACAAACCAGUGGACCGGAAAAGCAUGCGACAAGGAUGUGAACGAAUGCGAACUUUUCCCGUGUCAAAAUGGAGGUACCUGUCGCAAUUCAAAUGGCGGGUACGUUUGUGAAUGCAUGCCUGGAUGGGAAGGGAAAGAUUGUGAAAAUGCCCAAUCCAUGCCAACACCCGCCAUCAGGAACUCUUAUGAACCUGUGGGCUGUUUCAAUGAUAAAGGAGUGGCGCCGCGCCCCUUACCCGAAUUUCUUGGGAGCUUCCGCAAAGAAAUAAAUUGGAAACACGUGGAGCUUACAGUCGACAAGUGCGCAAAACUGGCGCAGAAAAAAGGGUACGCAUAUUUUUCUGUCCAGUAUUAUGCGGAGUGCUGGUCAGGUCCUGAGGCUGGAGAUACUUACGCUAGAGAGGGAAAAGCUACCAACUGCCUUAAUGACGCUGUGGGAACAUCGUUCACUAAUUAUGUUUACCGCUUUGUAAACUAA